GGUGUCACAUGGAAAUGACCAACUCAGAUGCUCUUUGCUUGCAAUCUCAGUCGACGCAUAAACAAUGCGUUUCUGUCCCUACCUAUCUACUACCAUCUCUCUCCAGAGUCACUCCGGUCUUCUUCACCACCUCCGUUCUUCUCCUCUCUCUCUCUCUCUCCCACCAUCUUUUUGUUGCCCAUAUCUUUGCUGCAGUUAAAAGGGUUUCCCACAGCGGCACACACAGUAUAUGAUACGAGCAAGUGCAAAGGGGAGGCAAAGGAGGGCAGAGUGAGGAGAAAAAUCAGGAACCAGCCUUACAUAUUCCCCAAAGCGCCCCCCUGCAAAGCUCCACUCGCAGCGCGGCAGAGGGUGUCAGUCAGGGCGGGCGCGAGCAGGCAGGAGCAGCUCAGGGAUCCACCAACUCUCCUUCGUCUGGCCCCGCCCCCGCCGCUCGGAGCCGAGCCAUUGACUGCUCAGAGCAUCAGGUGCGCUUGGACGUCUAGCCAUUUGGCGGCUUGGGCUUUCUGCGUGGGUGCCGCAUCCCACCUUGCAGCAUUGCAUCCCCCCUGCUUCCAUCCCCAUCAUCGCAGCCUUUUGCCUCGCUCGCGCUCCAUCGCCGCCAUGUUGCUUUAAAGUUCAAAGCUUGUGGGAUUGGGAGCAAGGAGAACGAGUCUUUCGCCGGAAAGAUGACCCGUGUCGUCCUUGAGGUGGAUGUGAACGGCGAGGAGCUCUUCUUCGUUGAUAAGAUUGGCAGCUUGCUGUCCAGCCUGUUAGCCUAGCGUCCUAGCGGCUCUCUUUUUUUGGACUCACUACUACUGUUGCCGAGCUCUAGGCGCUUGUUUCUUGUGGACGCCUAGGCCGGCCUCGGGGAUGAGUGAAGCUUGCCAUAUCCUGUUGGAAUCGAACCUGCUUCAGUUCUUCCUCUUGUAGUUACCUCUGCUGUAGCCUGUAGGUACGUCCGUCCCUGCUCACAUAGUCCCCAGAUUUUUUUUGGCACCACCUUGGCAUCGUCUUCCCCAAUUCGGUCGCGUCCAGCCGUUUCUCUCAGAGCUUCCGAUUGUUUUCCCCUUGAUUUGUACCCCGUCGCAGGUUUCCGGGCCGUGUUCGGCUUGUCACAUCCAGGUGGUUCCAUGCCCGUCUUCGACUGAUCAUUUCCCCCCGGCAGAGGUUGAUUCGCCCUCAUGGCCAUGGCGUCUCAUCGCUUCUUCUUCUUGCUGUGAUUUUUGCCGCACAGCUCUACCCUGCCUGCCUGCCAGCCAUUUCGUCGGUCUAAGGCAUCGAUAGCUUGUUUGUCACACGCCAGUGGAGUCGCCCUGAUUCCACUCAUUAUGCUCACCUGCAACUCUGCUUCCACAUCAUUUGUGUCGACUUAAUCCUGCACUUCUUUCUCCUUCUGUUCCUCUGGAAUUUUACUGUCUGUUGUUUCUCAGAGGAGCAGCACGUCGUAACCUUCCAUCGGUUGCAGAGAGAGAGCACACAGUGAAGUGAAGCUGUGUCCGCUUCCCCAUCACUGUCAUCAAUGCAAUGAGCUCGCCAUGCCUGGUCCUUCUCUUCUUAUUAAUGGCGUAACUGUACCGCGCAUAUCCCGCACCUGCUAAUGUUCUUCUUCGUCCUCCCGCUCCAUUCCUCCACUGCUGGGCGUUAAUGGCGUAACAGCUACACCUCAUCUUCUUCGCCCUUUUCUAUGCGAGGUUUAAUGCCCGUUUGGUGGCUACGACUACUCGUUUAUGGCCACUAGCUUCCGCAUUCUUCUCCGCAAAGAGAAAGACCUGAUCUUCCCUUUAAUUUGGCGUCGGUGUUAAUUUGGAUUCUUGCAAAGACGUUCUUGCGCGCUUCUGCGGUAGGAUCAGGAGGCUGGUGGCCGCCGGCGCAGCGACGGCGAGGCGGCAUCCGAGGGUGGCUCUGCACGGAUUCCCCGGUGGACCCGAGGUGUUCGAGAUCGUCGCGAGGUUCUGCCACACUGACGGCGGGCGCGGCGCGGCGGUGACCGCGGCCAACGCGUGCGUGCUGCGGUGCGCGGCGGAGUUUUUGGACAUGGCGGCGGCGGACGCACCCGAGGCCGCGUCCACGGCCGCGCCGAGCCUGGUGCGGAUGACGGAGAAGGCGCUCGAGGAGAUGCCGCACUGGCCGUGGCACACCGUCGUGGACGCCGUGAAGCAGUGCCAGCGCCUCCUCCCGCUCGCGGACUCCACAGGCGCGUUCGACGCGGCCGUGGCCGCGCUGGUGUCCCAGAUGGCCGUACCCCCGCCGGCGGCAGGGGACACCACGCCCACGGGCUCCUCGCCGGAGAGCACGGCGUUCCGGUUCUCGUGCGACACCAAGAGCAGCAGCCUCAGCCUGCGCGGGUCUUGCAUCAGCCGCACCUGGUGGUUCGAGGACCUCGUGGCGUUCGGCCCGGCCACGGUCGAGCGCGUCGCCUCGGCGCUCGUGGUCAGGGGCACCGACCACGGCGUCGUCGCCCGGUUCCUCUUCUACUACCUCAAGUGCCGCAUUGUCGGCGCGAGCGCCGAGGAAAAGAAGGAGAUGCUGGAGGCGUCGGUCGCCGUCAUGGCUAGACUUGACCGGAGCGCCGUCUCCUGCAAGGGCCUUUUCGGCAUCCUGAGGAUCGCCGCGCCGCUGAGGCUGGCCGACGCGUGCCAGGAGCGGCUCGUCGCCAUGAUCGGCCGCAAGCUGGACCACGCGACGCUUGACAACCUGCUUGUCCCGGCGCCGUCCGGAACGGCCAGCCUGUACGACGUGAGCCUGGUGCUCAGGUUCUUGGCCGCAUUCCUCUGUGGCGGCGCCGGUGACGAGCCGGCGAGGCUGAAGAAGGUGGGCAGGCUCGUAGACCUGUACCUGGCCGAGGUCGCGCCGGACCCGUCCCUUCGCCCGGCCAAGUUCCUGGAGCUCGCCACCGCGCUGCCGGCUCCGGCCAGGGACUGCCACGACGCGCUGUAUCGCGCCAUCGAUAUCUAUUUCCAGGUUCACGGCCGCCUGACGGACGAGGAGAAGAUGAAGAUCUGCAGGGGGCUCAGCUACGAGAAGCUGUCGCCGGAGUGCUGCAAGCACCUGGCGCGGAACAGCGAGUUCCCGACGAGGGCGGCGGUGCAGGCGCUGGCAUCGCAGCACACGGUGCUCAAGAGCAUCGUCCUGCGCGAGCCAGGCCAGGUGAAGCCCGUGUCGCCGUCCCCUCCCCCGUCCACGGGGAAGCGCCGCGACGGCAGCGGCGGCUACGACCACGACGACGUCGUCGGCGACGAGAACGACGGGCAGGUGAUCCUGUACGCGGGGCGGCUGGACCUGUCGCUGGAGAACCAGAACCUGCGGUCGCUCCUGGACGGGAUGCACUGGCGAGUGAUGGAGCUGGAGAAGGUGUGCAGCAGGAUGAAGACGCAGAUGAGCAAGAUGAAGCAAGCCAGGCGAGGCGGCGGCGGCGGCGGCCGCACCGCCAGGUCGCUCCCCAGGAUGUGUUCUUGAUCCAGAGCUCGCCCUGCCAUUAGCGCUUAGCGGUGAUCGCAACACUGUACCAUAGCGAUGUACAUACGGCUAGAAAUCAAUCAAAUGCGGUGCAGGUGGCACUGGCAGCUAGCAUCCCCUGCAUCUUGUCCCUUUUAUUUUGUUUUUUUGCUUCAGUUUUGCCUAGUAUCCUCUGUGUAUGAUGUGUGUAUCAGUUCUUGGUGAUUGCAAUUUGAAAAGAAGAGCUAGCUAGCUUCUUGUUCUGCCAAUGUGGCAUGCUUCA